CGUGGCCUGACGAUGGGAGGAGGGAUGGGGCUUGUGAUGAGCUUCUGAGGGAAGAGAGGAGCCCCGCACCUCGGGGCUCUGGGCCUGUGCUGCAAUCUCACCCACUGCCCGCUCCUUAGAACCUGUGGAGGAGCACCUGGAGGAGCAUUCCAGGGACAGGGACCAUGUCAGACAGGAAGGAGGAGCCCCCUGAAGUGAGGGAGCCAGCAUGCCUGCUGUGUGGAAGAUCAGAGGCUGACCCGGACAUCUGUGGGGAAAAAAUGCAGAAAUAUGGGCUUUGUGCCCACGUGUUCUGCCUGUUUUUUGCUAAACUUUUUCCACAAAGAAACAAGAAUGUAGGAUUCCUAGGCCUUCUCCCCAAGGAUAUCCAACAUACAAUUGACCAGGCAGCACAAAAGAGCUGCUUCAUCUGCGGCCAGAGUGGGGCCACCAUCGCCUGCUGUGAAAAAGAUUGUGACCUGAGCUUCCACCUGCCCUGUGCCAAGCAGGGAGGCUGUGUCACCCAGUUCAUUCCACCAUACAGGUCCUUCUGCCCUGCACACAGCCCAGAGCAGACAGUGGAGGCAACUCCAGAGCCAGGCACCAAAUGCCUCAUCUGCAUGGAGCCUGUGGAGGACAGAAAGACCUUCAACACCAUGGUGUGCCCAGCCUGUAAAACCACGUGGUUCCACAGGGACUGUAUCCAGAAUCAGGCUAUUCAUUCUGGAUUCUACAUCUUCUGCUGCCCACAUUGUCAAAAUGAGUAUCGAUUUCUGAUGGAAAUGUUUAUCAUGGGGAUACGAAUCCCCAGGAGGGGACCAUCAUGGGAGGAAGACGGUGCCUAUGGACAAUUAUACGAGAGACACAGCUGCUGCAAUGCCAGUGAGUGCCUUUUUCCAGGAGGCAGGGAGGAGGCAGAGGAACAGGGGCCCUGGGAACUGCUCCUGUGCUCCUCCUGUGCUGCCGAGGGCACUCACAGACACUGCUCUGGCCUGAGGGACAGCACAACCAGCUGGGAAUGUGAUGGUUGUGCUGGUCUGGGUACAUCCUCCAGAGAUGACUCGGAGCUCAGCAUGGACAAACAGCUGGGAUUGGAACCUUCCCACACCAUGCCACCACCUGACACCAUCAGCCCCAGCACAGGCAGCCUGGUGCCAUCAGGGCUGUCUCACAGAUCUCUAGCACCUGAGAUCAGCAGCCAGGCAGAAUCAGGACAGUCUCUGGAAUCUCCCUCUCUAGAGACCAGCAGCUCCAGCACCACCAGCCAGGCAUCAUCAGGGUCCUCCUGUGUCUCCCACGAUCUAGAAAGUGGCAGACGCUCCAGCAGCCCUGGGCCUGUGUGGAUCCGACACCAUUCCCGCCUGCAACGUCAGGCCCAGAAUCCCCACAGCCAGUCUGGACAUGGGCACUGGACCUGCAGUGCACCAUCCCGGAAUGCUGGCCCUGAUCCCGCUCCACCAACACAAUAAAGCGCACUGGA